AUGAACUUGCUUGCCCUUGUGUUCAUGCUCGUGGCCGUAGUUCAGGCCCACACUGUGCUCUUGCCCCCUCACGGCAAGCAAUGUUUCUUCGAACACUUGAAGGCCAAUGAUGAGUUGUCCAUCAGCUACCAGGUAGGCUCCAGAGACCCCAACAACGCUGAACAAUACACCAUUGACUUCUACAUCAUUUCUCCUAAUGACAAGACGAGAGUCUCCAAAUCAGGCGUUGACCAUGGAGAUGAGAGCAUCAAGGCCGAUAUGACCGGCAGAUACAAGUACUGCUUCUCGAACGAGAGAUCGUCGAGAGUCGACUUGGAUGUGUCCUUCAACGUGCACGGGGUGGUGUACAUUGAUGUCAACGACCCCAAGUCCGACACGUUGGACUACGCCAUCAAGAAGUUGGCAGAGUUGACCAGCGACGUGAAGGCCGAGCAGAAUUACUUGGUGAUUAGAGAGAGAACCCACAGAAACACCGCCGAGUCGACCAACUCGAGAGUCAAGUGGUGGUCGUUGUUCCAGAUUGUUGUUGUUGCGGCCAACUCAUUGUUUCAGAUCUACUACUUGAAGAGGUUCUUUGAGGUGAAGUCUGUAGUGUAA